UCGCCAUAUUGGGCAACCGAGAAAAGGGCUCGUCUCCUCUUGUUUUUUUCCGUCUCGCUUUUACUACGAGGCGGCGGCUGUGCAAGCGGCGGAGACAUCGCCACCAACCACCGGCGGGGCAGCGCAGAGCCGGAGCCGCGGAGGACCGCGCACCGCUCCGCUUCUCCACCCGCCCGGGGCUCACCGCCGGCGGCUCCGGCGGCGGCUCUCGGGGCUCCCCCCUGGGCCGGCGCUUAUGCAAGGGCUCCUCCUCGCCCCUUCUCCGCGGGCCGAGGGCGAGCGGGGCCGAGGCGGGGCCGGUGAGCGGGGCAGCGAGGAGAGGAGACGCGGAGGAGAGUCGAAGAGCAGCGCCCGGGAAUAAAAGGCAGAGAGGAGGAGAAGGAGGCGGUGGCGGCUGGAAAGGGGGGAGAGCAGCGAGCAAAACAACCGCCGCCAGAAGAAAGAGGGUGGGGGGAGAUGUCAAACGUCCGUAUUUCUAAUGGAAGCCCUACGCUGGAGCGCAUGGAAGCCAGGCAGUCGGAGUACCCGAAGCCGUCAGCUUGCAGGAACCUCUUCGGGCCGGUGAAUCACGAAGAGUUAAACAGGGACUUGAAGAAGCACCGCCAGGAGAUGGAGGAGGCAUGCCAGAGGAAGUGGAAUUUCGAUUUCCAGAAUCACAAGCCGUUGGAAGGCAGGUACGAGUGGCAAGCUGUGGAGAAGGGGAGCUCGCCCGACUUCUACUUCAGACCCCCCAGGCUACUGAAAGCUGUCUGCAAGUCCGCCGGCCGCCAGAGCUUGGAUGUAAACGGGAAUUGCCAGACCGUGGUUUUUGUCGGUUCUCAGGGAAUCUCAGAGGACACUCACUGUGUAGGUCAAAAGACUGAUGUUUCUGAAAAUCAGACGGACUUUGCAGAGCAGUGCACUGGGCAGAGGAAAAGACCUGCCACCGAUGGUAACGUACCCCUCCCUGCGAGAGCGGCACCGCUUUUCUCCGCCUGCCCGGCUGCUGUCAGCGCCGGGGCUCCCGGCCCCCUCGCCCGUGCCACGCGUGGCCUGGACCGCCGUGGGCUGUGUCCCGCUGGGCACCGAUUUCGUGAGCCCCCAUGCCCCCCGCCUCCUCUCGCCUGUGAAAGCCCAGAUUCCUCUCCUCAAAAUAAAAGAGCCAACACAACAGAAGAAGGGGUUUCAAAAGCCUCCCCCAGUGCCAAUUCAGUGGAGCAAACACCCAAGAAAUCAACCCCAAGAAGACAUCAAACGUAAACCGUUUAGAGCGGAGGAUGUGCGUGUCCUCGUUCGUCGGGUACGGCGAUGAAGCGAGGGAGAUGUAGAGGCGUAGUUGGAAAUGAAAAUACAUAUCGCCGAUCUCAGUGGGAUGGAGGUCCUGUACAAGCACUGAAAAGAAAAAAAAGUAACAAAAAUACAAAAAACCAACCAGCCAAGAACAGCAACAAAACAAAACCAACAACAA